ACGGGCGCCAUUUUGAGAAGGUCCAGUCGCGAAAGGGCGUCGUUUUGCUGAGUCUUGCGGCUGUUUUAAACCAGGCGGUGCUUUGGAAAUGACCCAAUAGGACCUUUGCAAAGAAAGCGAGUGACGGAGGAGGGGGAAGCGUCCGGAAGGAUUUCAAUGGCGGCGCCAGAAAGAGGGAAGCACUGGGAAAGUUGCGCGACAGGCAGAGUGAAGCUCUCUUAAGCAUGACACGGACGAGUGUGGUGAAAUGCCCAAUAAGAGGAAAGAAGUGUUCCAGGAAAAGGUUUUGCAGAGACUCUAUCAGUGUUCUCCAAAGACCAAGAAUGUGCAAAACGCUGGUCUGGGAAGCCCACCUGGACCUGUGGACGAAAAGUCACUUGUGAAGUUAAAAGCCAACAGCAACAUUAUAAAAGGAGCUGAAGAAAAAAAACCUUUGCUGCAAAGGAGACUAUACACUGUGUGCCCUCCCCCUGAUGAGUUUAAAACAGGUGGUGAAAGAUCUGUCGCACCAUGUGAGCCAGAAGACAUAAAUUCGGAGAGAAACUCAGCUGAGGAUGCUCCUCAGACCAGCACCGGGAGAAGACCAAGGAGAAGGAAGAGGAAAACUGGGAACCCAUCCAGCGGAGUCGCUGGGGAGGAACGGGCUGAGCACGCUGCCACACCCACCCCGGAGCCAGAGAACCCGCCAGAGUCCCCACACCAGGAGGAGAGGGACGCAAGCCUGAGCAGAAACAGAAAGCGAAAGCUGAAGAAAAGGCGUCGGAAGGAAGAGCUCCGGUCUCUGGGGCUGAUACCCCGGACUGCGGCUGUCGAGUUUACGUACCGGCCAGAAGAGGGCGGCAUCCUCGGGCAGGAGGAGGAGGAGGAGUUGAGUGGGAGGCAGGCAGCAGAUGUUCUUGACUUCUUACAGGCAACACAGGAGAUCUAUUUCACUGACCGUACAGCUGCAGCUUCCAGGACCGCGGUUCCUCAGAGCUUUCUGAAAAGCCUUGCCACUGGAGCAGUCCCUGCUGCACAAGUGGCACUGCUAUAUCAGCUCAAAUCCCUUGUACUGCUUCAGGAUAUUGAGCGGCUAAAACGUGCUCUGGAAGAAUUCCAGCAUAAUUCAGUGAUGCCUCCUGGGGAAACCUCUGCUCUCUGUUCCUUAUUUAAAUACUGGAUUACUGACAUCCUCCCUGUGAGGAAACAGGAACUGAAGUAAGCGGAGCAGUGUUGCUGCCACUUCAUAAAUCUUCUACAGUAGUUCCCUGAUAAUGAAAUGUGUUGUAGGGGAACAAAGAUGCUAUUAAGAUGCUGUUUGAGAAUGAUGUGAUGUCUUUGUCAGAAUGGUUGUGUUCUUUCUGAAAUCCAUGCCCUUUGCAACACAAAUGGUACCUGACAAGACUGAAAUACAUCUCUUUUUAUGGCUCUGAUUUUAAUCAUCUUCUAAAGAGUGAGCAUACAUUAAGAAUCUUACUGUUUACUAGGGAUGGUAGUCAAUUAGCAUAUUAUCAAUUAAGUUUGAGAUUGAUGUUAUUGUUUGAAAAAAGUUGGAGGUAAUAAUAAUUGUCAUCUGUUAUUCAAAUUUGUUGAGCUGUAAAGCAAAAUUGACAGUAUAGCAUUUAAGUAGUGCUUGUGAGUAACUGAAGUACUGAAGAACAAAAAGUGAACUGUGUGUCAUAUUCUACAUUUACCGUUCAUAUAGUAAAUUUCCUGCAGCAAGUUAAGGUGAAUUUCACGAGUUAAAAACACAGUGGUGUUGGAAAAAUCAGAUUUUCACAUUUGUUUUGUAAUAAAAUGUUCAUUCUUAGUUGUCAGGCAAACUUUGGGAAAUAGGUUUUCUAAGUCUAAUUGCAUUAUUUCAUUGCCUAAAUAUUUCUAAUAAUUUCUUGAUCAUAUCUGAAAAUCUGAUUCCCCCAAUCCACACCCCCAACAGUGCCCAGAUUCAGGGCCAAGUGGGAAUAGGCAUUUUUCCAGUUACCAUUUUUUUUUGUCUUGAUUUAAAUGAAUGAGCUUUGUGAAAGAGUUACUGAUCCUGUUCAGAUGUAGUUGGUGAUGAAUUAUUUCGCUGCUUGUCAGUGUCUAGCCUGUUCUCUGAGUGAUCAUCAGAAGUAAUUGUUACAUUACUGUGUUGUUGUAUUACUGUGUAUUGUAUAUGUUAUAGUACCUGUUGAAUUUUCUUUGCUAGUCCUGCAUUUGUUAUCGUAAAUUUACAAGUCUUUUGUUUGUAUAUGAAGACCUCUUUCUUCUAAUUAAGUAUGGCUUAAUUUAACAGUUAAAAUAAGUAGUAUUAAUACAUUGGUUAAAUUCUUAAAACAACAACAAAAGGAAGUGUAACUGAAUAAAAUAUUUUGAGCCUAUAGGUCUGAUUGGGUUGUAACCCAGUUUUGUGUCCCUUUGCUUCUCUUGUUUGCUUUUAUUCUUUUUUUUUUAAAUUAAACCAUAAUACAAUCAUU